CCCGAACCUGCGGACGCCAUGCACAGGAAACACCUCCAGGAGAUUCCCCACCAGAGUAGCAACGUUACCACCAGCUUCACGUGGGGAUGGGAUUCUAGCAAGACUUCUGAACUGCUUUCAGGCAUGGGGGUCUCCGCCCUGGAGAAGGAGGAGGUGGAGAGUGAGAACACCCCCCAGGAACUGCUUUCAAACCUGAGCCACCUGCAGAGCCCCCCACGAACAUGGCUAAAGAGCAAAGGGAAUGGCAAGGACUUUGUCCGCAGACCUAAGCUAAAUCGAGAGAACUUUCCAGGUGUUUCAUGGGACUCCCUUCCAGACGAGCUGCUCUUAGGAAUCUUCUCCUGUCUGUGCCUCCCUGAACUUCUGAAAGUCUCCAGUGUUUGUAAGAGAUGGUAUCAUCUAGCGUUUGACGAGUCUCUGUGGCAGACCUUAGACCUCACCGGCAGAAACCUCCACCCAGAUGUGGUUGGUCGGCUGCUGUCUCCAGGGGUGGUUGCCUUCCGCUGCCCACGAUUGUUUAUGGACCAACCGUUUGUUGAACGUUUCAGCCCUUUUUGUGUACAGAACACGGACCUGUCGAACUCGGUGAUCGAUGUGUCUACCCUCCACCGCCUUCUGUCUCACUGCUGCAAAUUGCAGAAUCUCGGCCUAGAAGACCUACGGCUUUCGGAUCCCAUUGUGAAUAAUCUUGCUCAGAACACAAAUUUAGUGCGAUUAAACCUUUCUGGGUGUUCUGGAUUCUCUGAAUCUGCCCUGAAGACUUUGCUGAGCAGCUGUUGCAGAUUGGAUGAACUGAACCUCUCCUGGUGCUAUGAAUUCACUGAAAAGCAUGUGCAGGUGGCUGUCGCACACGUGUCAGAGACCGUCACCCAGCUGAAUCUCAGUGGGUACCGAAAGAAUCUGCAGAGAUCGGAUAUCUCUGCCUUAGUUGGAAGAUGUCCCAGUCUUGUCCACCUAGACUUAAGCGAUAGUGUCACGCUGAAAAGUGACUGCUUUCCGGAAUUUUUCCAGCUCAACUACCUCCAACACCUAUCACUCGGUCGGUGCUAUGACAUAAUACCUGAAACUUUACUUGAACUCGGAGAAAUUCCCACACUAAAAACACUACAAGUCUUUGGGAUCGUGCCAGACAGUACCCUUCAACUAUUAAAGGAAGCCCUUCCUCAUCUACAAAUUAAUUGUUCCCUUUUCACCACCAUCGCCAGGCCAACCACUGGCAACAAAAAGAACCAGGAGAUAUGGGGCAUCAGAUGCCAACUGACACUGCAGAAGCCCAGUUGCCUAUGAAGUAUCUAUUGCAGGAUGGUGUCUCCUCUUUUCUUUGAACAGGGAAAGUAGGCAGGAAGCCCAAUUGUGGAGAGCUCAGCUAUUUUUAUUCUUGGUUUUCUCUUGCCUUCAUUCUACAAGUAUAUUAGAGAACCGUUGGAGGGAGAAAACUAUGAAGUGUUGCUUUUGAAAAAUGACUAUGAAAGCUUUUAUCACUGCUAUAUCCUUAAGAGCCUAAGCUGUAUGCCUUUUGAAAUUUUAGGAGAGUGAGCCUAUAACUUCAAGACACCUUAAAGAGCAAACUUUGAGCCACCUCUUCCAAGUGCCCUUCUUAUUAAAUCUAUUUAGAAUCGAGCUUAAA